AACGGUACUCUAUCCGGGAUCCCGGCUGCUUUUUAUCGCACAUAUCCGCCUUGGGCCUGCCGUCCGUUAUCGCCCUCGCACCCAUGUCCGGCAAAAGUCCGAUGAUCUGAUCGAGGACCUCGAGCACGAACUAGGUGGCACUGUGACGGAGUACCUGCGAGUCCGCGUGGCAUACUGCCACUCUGGAUUUCCCCAGAGGCAGAAACAGACGACGGCGACGGUAAACAGCACGGUGCCAGAUGGCAUCGCCAGUAUCCAAACCACCAUCCAGACCACGGCUACCGCAACUAUCAAGCGGCACAAAUCCACUUGACCAUGGUCGGCACCGCCCUGCACGCCGCGCCCAACCGCCUAUUCGAGGUCAUUGCCUCGCACUGGGGGCCUGAGAACGCGCAUGCCGUGAUGCAGCGAGUUAUACGGUCCAGGACAACCCCGUCUAGCGUAACAAACAGGCCUCCCAACGUUCCACCGACUCUCCAGCCCAUGCCACUCCCCCACGGACAAAAUACCAUUGAUGAGCGCCAUCAAGAACCCAAAACCAGCCAACAAUCCUCCCUCCCCCGUACCAGUGCCGGUUCCCGGACGGGGCCGGAGACGGGAAAACGGCGCGGGCUUGAGGGUAAAUGGUCGGUGGGUGAUGCGGCCCCUAUGGGGGAUGUGACAAGGGAUGGCGUAAGCAAGGGUAAGGGGUCGGAGGUGGGAAUGGUUGGGAAGGGGAGCGGGAGCGUAAGGACGAGGAAGGGCAAGGGGAAGGAGAGGGGGUGGGGGUGGUCUAGCUGGUGGCAGUAAUGUAUAGAUUGGGCAUUUUCUUUUACAUCACUUGAGUUUGGCUGUCGAAUAUGUAGUUAGAGUCAUGGGCAAAUAGCCAACCUUUUAUCUCACUUUCUUGCCUCCGGGU